CGCCGCACAUCACUGCCAAUGAAGACUCCUCGCAACCGCAGCCGUCGGUCGGUCGGUCGGUCGGUCGAUCUACCAGAAGGAAAAACCUCCGCGCACAUGCGGCGGGGUCUGUUUUGGUGGAUUCUCCUGCUGCCGUGGCUGGCUGGAUUCAUCAGUGCGGAGGCAGUAUGUGAGAGUGUUUGCCGUUCGUUUCCUGAGAGCGCAGUUUUUAACUCCACCGCGCAGGCCCCGGUUGCGCGCCCGAAUGAAAAUAAGCCGCGCAGUCAGAUAAAAUCCGAAAGAUAAUUAGUAUUUAGUUCGGGAAGUGUGCUUGGCCCGGCCAAAUGUACUACCGCGGUAUUGCUCGGGAAACGGCGCGUGCAGUGUGGCUCGGUUAGUGUAGUGGUGGUGAUCUUGGCGCGUCCCCGGUGGAGCUCUAAGUAGGCGCGCCGCGUGAAAGUUUUUCCGCCGCGCCCCGUUUCGGGGUCAAGUGAAAUCCUCCCGUGUGUGUCGAUCAGUCGAUCGGGUUGCCCAGGUGGUCCCUCUUUUUCCGUUUGUGCAAAUGGUGGUGGUCCACCGUGGUUGGUGCUGCGUGGUGAACUGGUUGUGCUGCUGCUGAGAACCUCGGUGGGCUGUGGGCUCGAGGGGGGAACCGACGGCGGAGGCGAAGGCGACGGAAACUCCCCCCUGGUUCGGUGGUUUCACACGCAAGUGUCCGGGUCAACCCUUUUCGAAAGCUACUCGUCGUCGUCCCGCACGGCCAGGCCAGCCAGCGCUGGAAAUUAAUGUCUUCCUUUUCACCGAAAAUGACUUCCAAAGUGAAUAAUUACUCAUUGACACAGAGGAGCGAUUGGUGCUGCUGGUGGGCUGCAAUCAUAAUUAAGGCCAACAGCAACGACGACGACGACGUCAACUACGACAUCAACGGUGGCCAAGUCCGGGAUCUGUUGAGAUUGUGGGUGCAGGAGCAAGAAGAAGUGCGUAACGUUGACAACGAGAGCGGGGACAGUUAGUCCUGAACACGAACAGAGCAGUUCCACGCGAAAUAGUGCCUUUAAAAUGUUUCCCAGCCAGAUUUCACCUGGAACUGCUCGACGUGCUUCGAAAAAAUUAACCCUACCACCAUCAGAAGCAGUGCGUGUGAUAUUAGCCCGAGGGCGCGAAUUAACCGAAGAGCAAGAAAAGCAGCGUGGUUGGUCGUGUUUUUUUUUUGGUUUUCUGUGUCCGAACCCGGCACUUGCCAUAAUUGAUGACUUGAACGGAGAGUGACGCUUUUGAACAAAACGAAACGCGAGUCCGCCGCAUAUUACAAGGCAAGCAGGAGGAAAAAAAGUUCUUGAAAAAAACGCAGACCCUCGAUUGGAUCACGACUUAAUUAAAAUUCAAUAAAAAUCUGUGUACAGGAAAGAAAAAGUGCCCGUUGCCGGUGAAAAUCGCAGGUGCCCCAGUGAAGCAGUGUAGUGGAAGGGACUGUGUAGCGCGGUGAGAGGAACUCUCGAGGUAUAAUCGCUUUUAACGGGCUGUGAUAGUUUGUUGCGUUUAUGACGACGAGGGGUGACCAGAGAGGGUGAGGAUCAAUAAGUGACAGCCUCAGCCCAGCCAGCAGCGUCUACCUACAGCAGCGGAUUGGUCGUCGAGAAGCGGAACUGCCGUGCACCUAGCAAGUGGCAACAUGCGUUUUGUGCUGAUUGCAAUUUAUUUGAUAUUAAUUAUGCCCAUCACUGGAUCUUGGUGGGCCGAAGGCAGCAACAUUCUGCUGGAUCCCUCGCAGGUCUGCGAGAACCGGAACAACAAACAAAAGACCAAACGGCUGACCGGGAAGCUGGCGGACAUCUGCAAGAAUGACACCUCGCUGAUGAAGGAGAUCAAACGGGGCAUCAGCUUGGGCUUCCGGGAGUGCGAGAACCAGUUCCGGAACAACAUGUGGAACUGCUCGUGGACGAUCAAGCGCAGCAUGCGCCGGAUACUGACCAGGGAUACCCGCGAGACGGCGUUCGUACACGCGAUCACAGCCGCCGGAAUCACGUACGCCGUUACCAAGGCCUGCACGAUGGGCGACCUGGUGGAAUGCUCCUGCCAGAACCACGUCAAGAAGAGCGUCCAGAACUAUCCGCAAGGUGUUGGUGCGGGGGUUGGCGAUGUCGCUGGUCUCGGCGCCGGCGGAAUCGAUGGACCCGGGCCGGGUCCUGGCGGCGGCGGUGGCGGUCAGAAAAAUGGUGGACGCAAGGGAGGCAAGAAUGGAGCUGGCCCGGGAGGGCGGAAGGUGAACACUCGCAACACGAUGCUGAUUACUUCGUAUCGAAAUGUCAAUAGCAAUUUCAACUAUAAUAGUCUGGCCGCACCAGGUGCCAACAAGAAGGACGUUUUGAAAACGUUGCAAGGUCAGAAGGCGGCUGCCGUUGGGGGGAAGGAGGGCAGCUGGGAGUGGGGUGGAUGUGAUGACAAUGUGGUUUUUGGGUUUAGGAAAUCGAAGGAUUUCUUGGAUGCUCGGUUGCGGAAGAAAAGCGAUAUUCGGACGCUGGUCAAGCUGCACAACAACAAUGCCGGGCGAUUGGCGGUCAAACAAUUCAUGCGAAUGGAGUGCAAAUGUCACGGCCUGUCCGGUUCCUGUACCAUGCGAACCUGCUGGAUGAAGAUGCCCCCAUUUUCGGAAGUUGGAGCCCGGCUAAAGGAGCACUUUGACGGUGCAACCAAGGUGAUAGCGCGUAACGAUGGCCACAGCUUCAUGCCUGAUGACCCAUCGAUCAAGCUUCCAACCAAACGGGAUCUGGUGUACACCGAGGAUUCGGAUGAUUUCUGUGAACCUAAUUCGAAGACGGGCUCCUUGGGGACACAUGGACGGGAGUGUAACAUUACGUCGAAUGGCGUGGACGGAUGCAAUUUGAUGUGCUGCGAACGUGGUCAGACCAGGAAGCAGGUCGAGGUCAAGAAGAAUUGCAAGUGUAGCUUCAAGUGGUGUUGCGAGGUGACGUGUAGUACUUGUAUAGAUAUAAAAGAAGUCUACACCUGUAAAUAGACAAGGUGGACAUGAUAUGGCAGACUAGGAAUGGAAACUCUUCAGGCGAAAACCCGGCAAGACUGAUCCAAGUGACAACAGUGAGGAAACGAGUAUUGUUCUAGAAGUGAUUUUGGCUGUAAUGUUAUGUUAGAAAAGUAUGCAAGUUAGAAUUUGAAAUUUGAAAACCCUUUUGAAGCAAACCCAAGAAAUUGUUGUUUGACGGCGCAGUGUGACUUACCAGAUCUUUGAAUAAGCUUUAAACAUUAUGUUAGGAUUGAUCAUUACUAAAAAGCAUUUGACUAAUAAGUAGACUAGGAUGGCAAUAUUUAUUGUUAAGUGUGGUUAAACCAAUGCUUUGAACAAAAUUUCCAAUGUUGAUCCUAUUCAUUCGAAAGAAACACCCAACUGGCGUGCCACUCGGACCCACACAAACAACCAAUCAACGCCUAAGAAAGCCAAAUUUAUAAUAUCGCGUGAUAAGACCAACGCUAGAGUGUAAUCAAACCAUUAAUAUCGUUUUUAUGCGGUCCUGUCUUCA